CUGGGGGCAGGGAGGACAGGACAUUGUGGAAGCUAGAGCCAUCGUUUGCGGAGCUGGAGAAGAGACUCAGUGAUUUUUCUCUGAAAAGUGCCAUGCUGCAGGAGGUGGUGCUGAGAUUCAAAGAGACGCUGCGACGGGGGCUGGGGAGCAACACAGCCAUCCCGAUGAUAAUUAAUUUCUGGGAAACAUCCUCAGCAGAAUUAUUUGAAGGUGUUGUACCAGACAGUAAAGGCACAGAGGCAGUGGCUUGUGGGAAAGAGGGCGGCAGAGUAACGCCCAUCUUUGGCUCCAGAUUGUCCCAGCCUCCCACGGGACAGGGAAGGGAACUGGCUGUAGUGGAGCCAGUCCAAGGGCCGGUGACCUUCGAGGAGGUGGCUGUGUAUUUCACCAGGGAAGAGUGGGCUCUGCUGGACCCCCGUCAAAGAGCCCUCUGCAGAGACGUCAUGCAGGAGAACUAUGAGAAUGUGACCUCGCUGGGGUACAAUGGAAGAGGAGAAAAUACUCUCUUAACAUAGGAUGCAAAUGUCAGUUUGUUCUCUCUUCAUGUUUUACUGAAGCUCAGAGAGAAGAAGAAA